UAUAUCUUGAUAUGUUUCUGUCAUGUAGAUGGUUGGAGCUGAAGCAUUGAGGAUUGGUGUAAAUGGGCCAUGGGUCACUAAAUCAUACCUUGAAAUGAUUCUUGAAAGAAGAGGUGUACCACGCCUUAAUACACCACCACUUUUGUCUAAUACAUCUACCACUAUUGUUCAAGAAAGGUUGAUUACUGCACCAAAGCCUCUUCGAAUUGCUUCGAACCUUGUGUUUGAAGAUUUAUCUCAGCCAUGGACUCAAUCGCCAACAAAAUCCCAAAUGGAACCUGUACUAGCAACUUGGCAUUUUGUCUCACCAGAUCCUCCACUUGCUGAUGGCUCUGUCAUUGCUACAGAUCCUUCUUCUUUCAGGGAUAGCCUGCAGCUUGUUCCAAUGCCUGAUUCAUAUGACUUGGAUAGGGGAUUGCUUCUUGCUGUUCAAGCAAUACAGGCUUUGUUGGAGAAUAAAGGUCUUCCAGUUAUAGUUGGAAUUGGUAAGAUCUCUCUCUCUCUCAAGAAAACUGGUCUGAAUAAUCAUAGUCUUGAUGUGGUAGUAAUCUAA